ACAUACCGCUAGUAAUGGUCACCUUAAGCCAAUUAACGCCAUUAUAUUCAUUUCUUAUUAAAUUUUACCGCACAUUUUUACAUUACCCUGUCGAUUAUACUAUCCAUAAUACAAGGACGAACUCUGCGCCAUCUGACAAUGGUUUUUGACUAACUGUCAUGCGUAAAACUUUGGCGCGCCAAAAAUCAGUUUGUUUUGAUCUAUCAGACAAGUUGUGUAGUCGUUGGGUUGAAAUUAGUGCCGUGAACGUAUUAUUGAAAUUUAUAUAUUUAUUUUGUGUUGUUACACAUUUAAAGGGUAAGUACUUUGUAUUUUUUAUUCAUAUUUACUAAAAACAUUAUUAUGAAAGUUUUUGAUCAUGGGUGACCAUUACUGAAUGAAAAUUCUGUUAGAAAUUUAGAAAUGGUCACCACGGGUGUCCAUUUCUAAAAUACAAUGAUCUAUUAAUGGUCACCAAUAUAUUCGAUCCAUUUAGCGCUUUAAAAAUUAUGUGUUAUUUUUUUAUUUAUGUUUGUUUGCUUAAUACAUCAUUGUGGAGGUUUUUGAUUAUGGGUGGCCAUCGUUAAAAUACAAUCAUUUAUUAAUGGUCUCUUUAUCCAUUUCGAAUUUAGAGCUCUAAAGAAUUUAAAGUAACCUGUAAUUUCUUAUUAUUAUAGACAUGGAUACCCAGAGAGGAAAGAAAAGGCCUUUUUUUAAAUGGACGGAAGAUAAAAUGAGCCUUGCUAUAGACGCAGUAAAAAAUGAAGGCAUUUCCAAAAAAUGUGCAGCUAAAGAAUUUUGGGUUCCUAGAACAACCUUAAAGCGUAGACUUGAAAACAAUUUUCUUAAACGAAAAAUGGGUCCUAAAACUAUUCUUUCAGAAGGCGAAGAGAAAUUAUUAGCUAAUUGGAUCUUGUCUAUGGGCAGAAAGGGCUUUCCUGUUAAUGCAACAAAUCUACUCUCCACGGUGCAUAAAAUUAUGAAAGAAACUGGGAGGUCGACUGUUUUUAAAGAUGGGAUGCCCGGGAAAACUUGGUUCGCUGCUUUUCUUCUAAGACAUCCUGAGAUAAAAAAACAAAGAGCAGAGUCUAUUACAAAAUCAAGAGCUGCCGUCUCUAAAGCUGAUAUAGAAAAAUGGUUUAAUGAAAUUGAAAACUAUUUAAAAGAAGAAGGUAUGAUUGACAUACUAAAAUACCCAAAUAGGAUAUACAAUGCAGACGAAACCGGGUUUAGCCUUGAUCCUAAAUCUGGUAUUGUCCUUGGGCCGGCGAAAUUGGAAGAAGACUUUUAUGAGAGAAAAUCUAAUGCAGAAAAAGAGCAAAUAACUGUUAUGGCCUGUUUUUCAGCCGAUGGUAUCACAGUUCCACCAAUGGUCAUAUAUCCGUACAAAAAAAUACCAAAGGAUAUAGUUAAUUCUGCACCACCAGAAUGGGCAGUGGGACGAUCAGCCUCCGGAUGGAUGAACUCGGAAGUAUUUUAUGAGUAUAUCGGCAACCAUUUUUUGCCCUAUCUCAAAGAAAAAAAUAUACCACAACCUGUUUUGUUUUUCGUGGAUGGACAUAGGUUCCAUCUAACUAAACAAGUCAGCGAAUUAUGUGAAGCAAGUGGUAUCAUCCUGGUUGCUCUUUUCCCCAACGCCACUCAUAUUUUCCAACCAGCCGAUGUUUCAAUUUUUAAACCUUUAAAAACUGGUUGGCAGACAAUAAGUAAGAACAUGGAAAUUUGAAAACUUUCCGAAGGAUGUAACAAAGUAUACAUUUGCAACCAUUCUAAGUACGGUUUUUAAAAAAUAUGCAACGGAAAGUACAAUACGCAACGGUUUUAGAAAAUGUGGACUGUUUCCUUUUGAAAAAAGCAAUGUUGAUUACACCAAAUGUGUUUCCACUCGGCAAGUUGUAGAUCCUAUAAAUCUAUCAGAUAUUAAAAACACAAUUAUUACAAAAGGGAAUAUAUUAUCCGAACUUGAGAAAAAAAUACCACCACUUGAAUUGAAUCAUUUCAGAACAAAUUUCGACAAUAAAGAUGACUGGAAGGGAGACUUACAAUUUAAGAAACUUUAUGAGGUUUGGGCAGAAUUUAAAAAUGAAGCUUUAUUAGUAACAAAUAAACAUAAACAUGUCACUGGGGAGGAUGACUCUAACUUAAUGGAAGGAAAUGAAGAAAUGUCAAUAUCGUUUUCAGUUCCAACAGCGUCAACUUCAACUCCAAACGGUAAGCAGAGAGAAGAGAGUGUAAUUCUUCGAAAUGAAGAACAGUCACAGAACGGGAACAGCACUAUUUUACAAGAUAAAAGUACUACUUUACUAAAUGUUUCAGAGUCAUUUCUUUCACCGGAUAAAUUAGAAAACGUUGCGCUGUAUAAGGACAAAGAAGACCAAGGAUAUGUGGUUAGCACUCCUUUCAAAAAAUGUCUCAUUUUUCCUAAGACUCCUGAAAAAGAACCACCCAAAAGAAAACGAAAAAUAUUUCCAGCAGUUGUAUCCACUACACUUUACAGGGCCCAUUAUGAUAAUAUAACGUCUAAAAGUGGCCCUUCAAAACAAUCACAAAUUAAAAUAAAAAAAGCCUGCAGUAAAGAGAAAAGUAAUAAGCGAAUCUGAAUCUUCUGCCGAUGAUGUUCCUUACUGUGAUGAAGAUCUAGAUGCGAGUAAUGUUGAAAAUUAUACGAUCAAGAAUAUUCAUGGUGGAGAUUUUGUUAUUAUCAAAUACAAUGGAAAUCUUUAUCCAGGAAAAGUGAUAAAAGCUAACCAGGAAGGAGCAGAAGUUUCGUCAAUGGAAAAAGCAGGCUAUGACUGGAAAUGGCCAGAAAAAGAAGAUGUAUUAUUUUAUUUUUAUGAGGACAUUAAAAAGAUUAUAAGGGAACCAUUAGUUAAAGGCAAACGGGGUUAUUACUCAGUACCAGAACUAUCUAGUUUUCUUUAAAGUGCGUUAUACAAUUUUCAAGUGAAACAUUUUUUUGUAGAACAUCACGGGCGUAGCCAGGUUUUAGUUUCGGGAGGGGUUUAAGAAAAUAAAACGACAAAAAGUACAUAAAAUAACCCAUAAAAUAACCCUUAUAUUCAUAAGAAAAAUUUUAUAAAUCUUAAUAUUUAACUUUUAGGGGGGGGGUUGAAACCCGAAACCCCCCCGGCUACGCCCAUGGGACAUAAGUUUACAUUUUGCUGUUUUUUUUUAAUGGUUGUUAAAAAUUUCAGCAAUGUAACGCAGUGAAAAGCUUAUAUAAAAAUAUAUUUGAUAAAGUGUCCAUUACUAAAUUAUCGAGAGUCCAUCACUAGAGUUUUUGUGACCAUUACUGGCGAUUUUGGCAUUUGUGUAGCAAAAAAUAUUUUUUUGGAAAAACAAUUUUUUUUUAGUUAUUUACUUGGAUGUAUAUGAAAGUAUAUACCUUUCUUAGUAUCCUAGCACAGUAAAAAAAAUUGUAAGUCAAAUACUUCAUUAGAACGAAUAAAAAUAGUACAAAAUUUUCUCUUGGGUGUCCAUUACUAGUGCACUUA